AUGAGCUGCCAUGUUGGCAACUGGCGAACAACGGAAUCGAUUAACAAGCUGAACCUUGAUAGAUCAGCAGACUGCUGUUUGCUCCCCAGCAUCGCGGGGUUGUCACACGGCCGCCCUUUUGGGUUGAGACAGAGUAAAUUCAACCAUUCACUGUCUUCUCACUGUAUGCUCACUGCCCCUUCACCGCGACGGUUGCAAAAUUUCCCCAUCGGGCGAUUGCCAGCUGCCAAACAGCCCAAGCACCCAAACGCGGACAGUUGCCUGCAGGCUUCCUCAGGCACAUCCAUCACUUCACCUCGCACCAUUUCCUCUCCUUCUUUCCUUUACCCUUUCACCAAACCUCUCUCAUCCAGUUCCUGCGCCACCCUCGGCAGGCCACCUCCAGCAGGAAUUCGAACUCGCUACGGAGUCUUUAUCAUCUGUACCUCCUUUCAUCUUUCAUCAAUCCUCGUCACCAUGGGUGCAUCGAGACGGCUCUCCUCGCGGAGCUACAAGUCGAGAUACUCCUCGGAGAACGUAGAUGCUCUCCAGCCAAGCACUCCUCGCAAGAUUCGCAAAACUUGCAAGGCCGACAAAAAGGGCGACAGCACUCCCAACGGCGAUGAGACUCCCAAGACCAACAACACUCCAAAGACCAAUAACACUCCCAAAGCCGACGAUACUUCCAUCGUUGUCCAUCGUCCAAAGACCAACAACACUCCUCAAGCCGACGAUACUUCCAUCGUUGUCGAUGUGCCUAAGGCUAGCAGUCCUUCUCGGGCCAGUGGCACUCCCAAGUCUAGCGCUGCAUCCAACGCAGCCUCGACUGUCGAGUCAAGCAUCCUCUCCACGCUGAGCUCUACACCCGAGUUCAACACCGCAUCUGAGACAAGCAUUGCUGUCAACUCGGGCACUCCCCCCAAGACAAUCGCAGAAUCCAACGUCGUCACCUACUCGGAGGCAAUCAACGAUGCCGUUGCCUCGCUCAGCCGCGAGUUCGAGAUUCCCAUCAGCCUCUCCCAUCAGCCAGUUGACCAAAAACCCAUCAACGCUGUCAUGGACAUUUACCUCAACCACGGCAUCCACAACUGGGACAACUACACCAAGAUCAGAUUCGCCAAGAUCCUUUCCUUCAUCAAAUUCACGCCUUCAAGCCAAACUACCACAAGUAACCAUGUCAUCUGGCGGGUUGUCGUCAAGGAAGGAUGGAACUGGGCAUACUGGAUUGCAUUCCGUACUAUCUACGGCAAGAAGCGUCUCGAGAACCGCAACCGAGUCAUCGAAGCCCUCGAGACCAUCUUCCCCGAUACCGACAUCUGGUCCGCCCAGACGCCUGCUGGUAUGACGCCCAGCGAAUUGAAAAACAAUAUUCCGAAAAUGUCCAUUGCGACACCCUCCAUUGCGACACCCUCCAGUGCGGCACCCUCCAGUGAGGCACCCUCCAGUGCAUCCCCCUCUGUCGUUUUUACAAACGAGCGAAAGCGACCCCAUCACGCACUUGUCACCGACGGAGGCUCGCUUGGGCAAAGAAUGAGCCUCCGAACUAAGCGACGCCGUCGAUAUGUCGUGGCCCAGCUGACUCCCGAAGUUCUGAGUCCUCCCGAGGUCCUAAGUCCUCCCGAGUCAUCCGCCGGCACAGAUGACCGUGAAAAGAACUUGCAGCAAGACACGGCCUGCCAGGGUCUCAACCCCCCAGUUUUGGAGGAACCCGCCAAUGAGGCAACCGAACAGAGCAUCCCCAGCUUGGCCCGAGAACCCAAUGUCUUGGGAGAGCAGAGAGAGAACACGAUUGGCACCGAGGCCGACGAAACCAAUCAGAGCAGCACAGAUGUUGUCGCGGCUGGUAGUGUGAAGUCGAAGGACACUGCCGAGCCCCCUGAAGCUGCCAAGCCCAAUGAAGCGUGGGCUGCACCGAUCGAGGAUGCCAAGCAGGGGAUGAUGUUUCUGCGGCUAAAACAGGAAUUGACCGCCCAAGUCGCCGCCCAAGUCGCGGAAUCCGAAAUACGCACCAGAAAGCGCAUCGCAGACCUCCCUCGGCCUAGCGUCACGGCCAACAACUAUAUCGGGCAAAUUUUGGCAGAGAUGCUGGAUAUUAAGCAACGGCUCUCGGCCUUGGAAGAGGACAACCAGGCCCGCAUCCGAAAUGCCGCUACUUUCAACGUCCCGUCGGGGUUGAGUGGAGACAGUAUGCUCAGAGCGUUGGAGACACUUGGGCACCAAGUCCACAACUGCACUCGCGACAUCUACCAGCUCAAGACAAGUCAGCAAUACGAGGAAGAUCCCAUCUUGUCAUGCGUCAAGCGGGAGCCGGUGGAGGCAUCAGAUUCUGGAGUGGAAGAGAUUUGA